GCGGUGACCAACUACUUGGACCACAGCAAGCCGAGCUUGGACAGCCUCGCAGACAUGGUGUUCGGCAGCAUGCGGCAGGAAGGGUCCGAGGCCGCGAUCCUCGUGUGCGACGAGAUCGUCGUGUUGAGGGCGGUCGUCUGGGACUUGGCUCUCAAGAGCUACGUCGGCUGCGCGAAGAAUGGCAAGUUUCUGCUCAGCGCGGAGGAGUACAAGACGACGCAGUUCAAGCAGGACGACUUGGCCCGCCUCGCGAAGUUCACCGCAGUUUUGCCCCUCGGCACUGGGGGCAUCAGGGUAUUGAGCACGCGCCCUGGCAAGGCGACUGGAGCGGACGAGAUGGCAUUCAACGCGGCGAACCUGCAGCGCGCCAAGGAGGCCGCGCAGCGCCAUGGCGUGACCCUCCUCGGCGGCUGCAACGACGGCAUCGCGAAAGAGAAGGCGGGUGGUUUCCUGGUGGGCUUAGAUGUGAAGCGCCAGUCAAAGUGCGGCCGCGGGUCGAUGUCAUCUGGCCGCACCGCGUCGCCUUCAGGCGGAUGGUUGAUCUCUUCGAUUCGGACCUUUCUCCUGGUUGGCGCCCGGAUGGAUUGCGCGCGCGUCGUCGACGUCUUCUCGGACAUCAGGGCGCAGAUGCUGUACAGGGCCUUGCCCCACUUCUCGGCGCUCCUCGGCAGCGGAGUGCCCGUCGCGGAGAUCCUCGGCACGUCGCUCUACACGCGCGCCAUCAUGUGGAUCGAGGUCGGAGUGUUGAGCCAGGUGGGCACGUUCUCUCGGAGGGACCGCAUCCGCCUCGUCAUCUCGGGCACCAUCUUGGCGACGUCGUUCCACAACGCCAGGACGACCAACAUCAAUUUUUUCGGCGACGGCUUGCCAGCCUCGCUUGCGAUGUGCAGCGAACUCAUGAAGAGCGGCUUCAAGAUGGGGGCGAUGUCGCGGACUGACGCGCACAUGUCUUACGGGGGGGCCCUGUCCGCCAAGUCCGGCGAUUACCUCGCCGAUCCCGGCGUGACUGACGACGAGUACAUGGGGCUCUUCCACGAGGCAGUGGCCGCGAUCCGCCCCGUGCUCCUGAGGCUCGGGUGGGCCGAGGCAGAGAUGUCCCCGUUGUGCAGGGAGUUCGGCUCGAUGCGCGAGCUCGGGAGUUCGGGUGCCACUGCCCCGCCUUUGUCCCGGGUCGCGCCCGCCCAGGCCCUGGACUGGAAAACUGCGGAAACCAUGACGGCCACCAAGAAGGACGACGAUUGGACGCACAUCCACGAGCAUUGCAAGACUACCGAUGACCCCGAGGGCUUCGAGGCUCUUUCGGCCCAGGAGCAGCGACUCCGAGUUGCGGCGUCGACCAUCCAGGCGGCGGCGGGCGACCUCGUCGAGCCAGCGGAGGAGCGGAUCGAGAAGACGCUUUCGGUUGAUUCUGCCAGCGCCCAGGCCGAUUCCCGCGGGGACCAGGGCAAUGGCGUCGUCGGCGAGCUCGGC